AUGGCCACGGAAAUUCAGUCCGAUCCCAUAGAGUCCACGGACAAACAUCACAGGCUGGAACUGCCUGCAAGCUGUGACCCACCGCCAGGUGGUGACUCAAAUCACCAGCUAGUUUGGAUUGUAAGUGAUGCUAAAUGGGCUUCGGGCGAUGUAAUGGAGUUAACAAAGUAUUUCAAGAUUUUCGGCGGCACUGGGCACAUGGGUCGCUCCCUAGUCAAGUGUGCUCUCGGGCAUGGAGAUUUUGUCGUCUCCGUGGGGCGGGUGUUUGAGCACAGCCCCCAAGAGGCCUUGAGCAAGAGCGACAACUUUCUUCGAGCUGAUUGUGACGUUCGUUCCCGCGAGUCAGUACUCAAGGCUGUCCAGCGCGCCCUUGACCAUUUCGGGCGUAUCGAUGUUGUGGCCAACUGCUCCGGAUACGGCGUGAUCGGCGCGUGCGAGGACCAAGACGAGCACGACCUGCGCAAUCAGUUUGAGACAAACUUUAUGGGGACAGUCCAUAUAAUCCAUGCGACCCUUCCCUAUUUUCGGCGCCAGAACAGUGGUCGUUAUCUCAUCUUCAGUUCUACUUCCGGCGCCCUGGGAGUACCUGGUCUAGGUCCCUACUGUGCAACAAAAUAUGCAGUCGAGGGACUCAUCGAAGGGAUGCUCUACGAGACGGAUGCUUUCAACAUCAAAACCACGCUGAUCGAGCCUGGGCUCGUUAGGAGGGAUGAGCCAGAUACUGGCGACGGCCUGUUGCCGACAUGGGGCCAUUUCCUCAUCAAACCUCCCUCUGAGGGCUAUGCUCAUGCAACAUCACCAGCCUUGCAUGCAAAGAGAAUGGUGCAAUGGCUUGGGGAUCGUCAGCCAACUAGUGCAGUGAAGUGUGCCGAACUUGUGUGGCAGCUAGCACACUGUUCAUACCCACCUUUAAGGCUGCUACUGGGGAGUUAUGCUAUCGAGAGCAUCCGCGAUAGAAUGCGGUCAGUCACGGAAGAAUUGGAGGAUUGGAAGCACCUCAACUUCCCUGCGAGUGGUGAAAGCGAGCAGCAAGCCCAUGAAGAUACUACCAUGACCGAAGACAUUACGGUUGGGUGA